CUUCCAAUUUUCCAAGACUCCACAAAGCUCAAAAAGAUCACACACAUAUAUAGAGAGGGAGAGAAAGAGAGAGAAAAUAUGAACGGUGGCUGUGGUAGUGCUGAUCGUCAAUAUAAUAACGAUAACAACAAUAAUAAUAAUGUUGUAGGUGCAGGAGGUGGUGGGCCUUGUGGUGCAUGCAAGUUUCUUAGAAGAAAAUGUGUGAGGGGAUGCAUAUUUGCACCAUAUUUUGAUUCUGAUCAAGGCACUGCUCAUUUUGCUGCUGUACAUAAGGUGUUUGGAGCAAGCAAUGCCUCUAAAUUGCUGCUCAGAAUUCCAGCACAUAAACGUCUGGAUGCUGUCGUUACACUUUGCUAUGAGGCUCUUGCUAGAGUUAGAGACCCUAUCUAUGGUUGUGUUGCUCACAUCUUUACUCUUCAGCAACAGGUUGUAAGUUUGCAAGCUGAGUUAGCAUAUGUUCAAGCCCGCCUUUCUACCUUACAGCACCUCCCUAUGCGACAAGGGCCACAGCCACAAAGUCCAAUUACACCAACAGGGCUGCAAUCAUCUUCAGAUAUCUUCUGCACUACUUCAAGCAUAUCAUCUUCAAGUAAUAAUAUGGAAUAUCCUCAAUUUGACAUAACUGCAGGUUUAAGUGAUUCGUUCGAUGAUCAAGAACUAGAGAACUUUGAGCUCCAUACAUUAGCACGAGAGUUUGUUUCUAGACACUUACCUGGAGUUAGAUUUAGACCUUCACCAUGAAGAUGUGCUUCCAUGCUUAAUUAAGUUUAGUUCUAUGAAGAUUAUUAUCAUAUAACUCCCUUUUUUUUUGUAUGGAACUUUUUUGCUGUAUUCUACUAAUUGCGAUUCUAUGAAUUUUGUUGAACUUUAAUC